AUGUCUGCUCAAAAUCCUCAGAUUUCACUAGAUGUCCUCUUACAGUGCCCCCUCCAGGUUUCUUCCCAGCACUGUGUCUGGUACGGGGAAUGUGGGGAAGCCGAAGGAGGCAAGCAUUACAACUGUGAAUACCUCGGUCCUCCAAUACCCUUACCUGAAGAGGGCCAUGAAUUACUACAGCAACUGUGCCCAUCCCUGUACUAUGGCAAUGUCAGCGUGUGCUGUGAUGAACAACAACUCAAAACGCUGAACAAUAACCUACAACUUCCUCUUCAGUUCUUGUCCAGAUGUCCUUCCUGCUUUUAUAAUCUAAUGACUUUGUUCUGUGAGCUGACCUGCAGUCCUCUCCAGUCAGACUUCCUAAACGUUACAAAAACCAUGGACUCCAUCAAUGGAGAUCUAACUGGAGGAAAGAAAAGCAUCACUGAAAUGGAUUACUACAUUGGGCAACGUUUUGCAGAUGCAAUGUACAAUGCGUGCAAAGAUGUUGAAGCUCCAUCCAGUAAUGUUAAAGCUUUGAGCUUGAUGUGUGGGAAAGAAGCCAAAGACUGCAACGCCACCAACUGGAUCCAAUACAUGUUCAACAAGGAGAAUGGGCAAAUUCCUUUCACCAUCACACCUUAUUUUUCAGAUGAGUCACUGCACAGCAUGAUUCCCAUGAACAAUGCUACAAAGGGAUGUAAUGAAUCUGUGGAUGAAGAAGGUGCCCCAUGUAGUUGUCAGGAUUGUACUCUGGUCUGUGGCGUUAGACCAGUACCUCCGCCUCCUCCAGCACCUUGGCGCCUCUUUGGCUUUGACGCUAUGGUUGUAAUCAUGUGGAUAGCCUAUGCUGCAUUUUUACUUCUCUUCUGCUCUGCUGUUAUUGGAGCUUGGUGUUACAGAAAAAAGAAGAUAGUUUCAGAAUAUGCUCCGAUUGACAGCACCCUGGCAUACUCUGUCAAUUACACUUCUGUAUCAGGGGAUCCAUCAUGCUGUGACAGAAUUGGGGAACGCCUGGAGAACUGUCUGAGGGUUGCUUUCACCAAAUGGGGUUCCUUCUGUGUCAGGCGCCCUUGGAUUGUCAUCUUCUUCUCUCUGGCUCUGAUUGCUGUGUGUUGUGCUGGGCUGAAAUUCAUGCAGAUCACUACUGACCCUGUAGAGCUGUGGUCUGACCCACACAGUCAGGCACGCAAAGAGAAGGAUUACUUUGACACACACUUUGGACCCUUCUUCCGCACAGAGCAGCUGAUCAUCACUGCACCUAACAGCUCAGGAGAUACCUACUCUCCAUAUCCAUCCGGGGAUGAUGUGCAUUUCGGGCCUCCUUUAACCUUUGAUAUUCUCACCCAGGUCCUGGAAUUACAAAAUUCCAUUGAGGAUAUAACUGCCACCUACAGGAAUGAGACUGUAAUGCUAAAAGACAUCUGCCUCGCUCCACUGGCACCGUAUAAUAACAACUGUACAAUCCUCAGCGUCCUGAAUUAUUUCCAGAACAGUUAUUCUGUUUUGAAUCACAGCGUGGGGGAUGAAUUCUAUGUCUUUGCAGAUUACCACACUCACUUCUUAUACUGUGUGCAGUCUCCAGCUUCUCUGAAUGAUACCUCUGCUCUUCACGAUCCAUGCCUGGGCACGUUUGGUGGCCCAAUCUUCCCAUGGCUUGUUCUUGGAGGCUAUGAAGGAGAACAUUAUAACAAUGCUACAGCACUGGUGAUGACCUUCCCUGUAAUAAAUUUUCACAACGACACUGAGAAGCUAAAUAAGGCCCGGGCCUGGGAGAAAGAAUUUAUCAGAUUUGUGAAAAAUUACACCAACUCUAAUUUAUCCAUCACGUUCUCUGCUGAGAGGAGUAUUGAAGAUGAGAUUAACAGAGAAAGUAAUAGUGACGUGACCACUGUUCUCGUCAGCUAUGCUCUGAUGUUUGUCUACAUCUCGCUGGCCCUGGGUCACAUCAGCCAGUGUAACCGUAUCUUGGUGGACUCGAAGAUCUCACUUGGUAUUUCUGGUAUCCUUAUUGUGCUAAGCUCGGUCGCUUGCUCUCUGGGUAUCUUUAGCUACGCUGGCAUUCCACUGACUCUGAUAAUUAUUGAGGUCAUCCCUUUCCUGGUUCUAGCAGUCGGAGUGGACAACAUAUAUAUCAUUGUGCAGACCUUACAGAGAGAUGAGCGCUUACAUGGUGAGAAGCUUGAUGGGCAGAUUGGCAGAGUCCUUGGAGAGGUUGCCCCGAGCAUAUUCCUCUCCUCAUUGUGUGAAACUGUGGCCUUUUUCUUGGGAGCAAUGUCCAAUAUGCCGGCUGUACGCACCUUUUCACUCUUUGCUGGAAUGGCGGUCUUCCUGGAUUUCCUUCUUCAGAUCACCUUCUUUGUGAGCCUGCUGGGUUUAGAUAUCAGACGUCAAGAGAGAAACAGGCUGGACAUCUUUUGUUGUAUCUCAGGGUCUAAGAAGAAUCGUGAAACAGACAAACCAAAGAGCUGCCUCUUCCUGUUCUUCAAGAAGAUCUAUUCCCCUCUGCUAAUGAAAGACUGGAUUCGGCCAAUAGUGAUGGCGGUCUUUGUGGGAAUGCUUUCCUUCAGCAUCGCUGUGGUCAAUAAAGUGGAGAUCGGUUUGGAUCAGACCCUGUCCAUGCCAGAUGACUCCUAUAUAGUGUCGUACUUUGACUCUAUGAAUAAAUACCUCCACACCGGGGCUCCAGUGUAUUUUGUGGUGCAAGAAGGACAUGACUAUAAAACAAAGGAAGGGCAGGCUAUGGUGUGCGGUGGGGCAGGGUGUAAUAACAACUCAUUGGUUCAACAGAUUUACAAUGCUGCGCAAAUGGACAAUUACACAAAAAUAGGCUAUGCACCUUCCUCCUGGCUGGAUGAUUACUUUGACUGGAUGAAGCCUCAGUCUACUUGUUGUCGUGUGUAUAACGAAACUGACAAGUUCUGCAACGCUUCAGUUGUGGAUCCAUCCUGCCAUCGCUGUCGCAAUCUUACAACUGAAGGUAAACGGAAGCCAGUGGGAGCGGAUUUCAUGAAAUUUCUGCCCAUGUUCCUCUCGGACAACCCUAACGCGAAGUGUGGAAAGGGUGGGCACGCUGCAUACGGCACUGCCGUGGACCUAAUCCUUAAUGAAACAGAUGUGGGGGCCACUUACUUCAUGACUUACCACACUAUCCUGCACAGCUCCUCAGACUAUAUCGAUGCUUUACGGAAAGCACGAAUGAUAGCAAAGAAUAUCACUGAUGACAUGGAUGUCCCUGGCAAAAACUACAGUGUCUUUGCUUACAGUGUUUUCUAUGUGUUCUAUGAACAGUACCUAACCAUUGUGGAUGACACGGUGUUCAAUCUUAGCCUGUCUCUGGCUGCAAUAUUCUUUGUGACUGUCGUUCUGCUGGGUUUCGAGAUCUGGUCUGCUAUUCUGAUGUGUCUCACCAUCUCCAUGAUCCUUGUCAAUAUGUUUGGAGUCAUGUGGCUCUGGAACAUCAGCCUGAAUGCUGUGUCUCUGGUGAAUUUAGUCAUUUGUUGUGGCAUUUCUGUGGAAUUCUGCAGUCAUGUGACCAGAGCCUUCUCGGUCAGCACAAAGGGAAGCCGAGCUCAGCGUGCACAGGAUGCCUUAGCACACAUGGGGAGUUCGGUCUUCAGUGGAAUCACUCUGACAAAGUUUGUGGGAAUCGGCGUCUUGGGCUUGUCCAAGUCUCGGAUAUUCAAGAUUUUCUACUUCAGGAUGUACUUGUCUAUGGUGCUUCUUGGAGCUGCUCAUGGCCUAAUAUUUCUACCAGUUCUCCUUAGUUAUAUAGGGCCACGAGUGAACAAAGCCAAGGUUCAGGCAGCACGAGAAAGAAUAAGAGGCACAGAAAAUGAAAGACUUCUUGCCCACUAGGGUGACUGUG